AAUUAUCGGUAGCCUGCUCUUUCCUAUAUUUUUUUUAACCGCAGGGUUUAGCAGAAUGUGUGUCCUGUGUCUUUAAUCCUUUUCUCCGAGGUAGGAAAGGCUGGCGAGUUUCUUGGAAUCUUCUUUAGGCUAGUUUGUCUGCUAUUUUUUUUGGUUAUUCUUCUUCCAUUAAACCAGAAACAUGUCGUCGGUUCCGGAAGGGUCCAGGGGAGCAGACAGCAACAAGAGGCUGGAGCAGACACAGAACCAGGUGGACGAGGUGGUGGACAUCAUGCGGGUGAACGUGGGGAAGGUUCUGGAGCGGGACCAGAAGCUGUCGGAGCUGGACGACCGGGCCGAGGCCCUGCAGGCCGGAGCCUCCCAGUUCGAGACCAACGCCGCCAAGCUGAAGAGGAAGUACUGGUGGAAGAACUGCAAGAUGUGGGCCAUUCUGAUCGCCGUUAUUGUCAUCAUCAUCAUCGUCAUCAUCAUCUGGAGUCAGUCAUAAAGCAGAGGACAGAGGAGACCUGCUGGAGGAGCAUCAGACACCGUGCCAAACGACACCCCGCCAUUUUCAUUUCAUUGUCUUUUCAAUAGCUGGAGUGAUGUGUUCACUCUUCUCUUUUCCUCCCCAACCUGCCCAUCUAGAAUAUGUGCUGCUGACAUCGUAAACAUAAACAGGCAAACAUGACAGAAUUACAGUCCGAUAAAUAUUUUAUAUUUAAUUGCCAAUGUACAUGUACUGUAUUACAUGUGGUGUUUAUAUUUAAAAAAAAAACACAUUUUAUCCACAUUUAAAAGCAAAUAUUAAUAUUUUAGGAGAUGACAUAUUUAAUUGUGAUACACUAAUUACACUAAUUGUGGCCUCCUUUUCACAAGGAAGGCUUUCAAGUAGAACCUCAAAUGUGUGUGAAACAGUUUUCCCAUUUGGAUUGUGCAGGAUCAUUUCUGAACGCCAGGCCACGUGACCUUGAACAUGCGUUACGCUUGUUCAUAUUUAAAUGUACUCCCAAUGGUUAAAUACGCUUGCAAAACCCUUAACCACCACCAGGGGCGCCAGCAUAACAAUACUCAAGCAGUGAGUCUAUCUGUGGUGGAAGUCCCCUUCAGGGUAAUGAUGUCACAGGAAGGAACGAUUCCACAUUCCAGUUCUGGGGAACGAUUCCACACCUCUGAAAUGAGAAUUUGAGUUCCUGUCCCGUUGCAGACGUGACGCUCUAGAUGGGCGUCCAGAUUAAGGCGCAAUGCAAAGACUUAUCGGCGAAAUACUGUACACACCAGUGCUGUUGUCACAGUAUUAUACAGAAUUUUAUGUUUAUUUAAUUGUAUCCACGUGUCCGUUGUUUUUUUCUGCUUUUAGUGUGAAACACUGGCUGUUACCAGAGCCCAGUGUCAUUUGAUGUGAAAAGGUCAACCAAAAUGUAUGGGUUUAUUUUGUGGGGUUUUUUUCCUCUCCUUCAUUUAUUUUUUUUGCACAAUCCUCUUUAGUUGUAUGUGUUUGUGAACACCGAGUGUAUUGCUUUCAUUAGCAACUGCCUUUUAUUUUCAUUCCUGUUCUGUUUUUUGCUCUAUAAAAUUAAAAGAACUGUUCACAGUCAA